GUGCAGUGGCUUUUAUCUUCUUGUUGUACCCCUGCAUGCAGGCUCCACCUUCAGACCACUAAAAGAGGAGAAGAAACAUGGGAAGGGCAGAUCAAAGAAAAAGCCGGGUAUGGUCACAGGAAUACCAAGACACAUACAGAAAGAACUGGGGCUUGACAGAGCUGCAUGGACUGCAUCCCAGUUCACUGACGCUCAGCUGUCCAAUGGAGGUUUAAGCAUUUCCACCGUCAUUCCCACUAUGGAUAGCAUGUCCAUCGCCUCAGUCCCAGACGGAGCAAUAAUGCCCCUGCAGAACACGAACAGUCUUCAGCAGGCUGUAAGGGAGGAGCCGUCACAGCUCCAGCCACAGGAAGGACAGCAGGAUGACCUCGCUCUUCUACGGCACUUGUUGCCCCAGUCGUUCGAUCCACAGAGGCCGAAUUCACUAGCCUGUCCCUGGAUGACCACGUCAGGCAAUGCUCCAUCCAGUCCAGUGAUGUAUGUCUCUCCUGAGGCCACGUACAUGUCCAAGAUCAUACCAAAUGCAGUACUGCCUCCGUCCGUGGACGUGGUUGAACUCAGCCGCAACAGAAGUCGCAGUAGCGUUCGCAUGGUGAGCAAGAGCAGCUUGGCAUCAGCCAGUCCAGCUCCGUCAAGAGCCUCGUCCCGGGUAUCCUCCAGGCUCUCCUCACGAGCUCCAUCACUGAUGUCCUCACGGAAUUCUUCUCGGGCUUCCACCCAUCGGACUGCCACCCUCUCGGAGUGCUCAGGCUGGAGCCACUCAGGGUCAUCGGAGACGCUGGUCUCGGAUUCUUCCACCAUUUCUAGCAGCAGCACUCCUCGCGUAGCCAGCAGGGCCCAGGCAGAAGACAGGAGUGGACCUGCUAUGGACAAACAUUAUCCUGGUGCCCAAAAUACCCCUGUGCAGUUGAAUGGUAGCAACCAACCAGAGGAAGCUUGGAAGAUGUCAGGAUCUACGGGUAAUUUUAAUCGCAGCUUAUCAGUGGUUAAAAAGAGCAAGAGACCGCCGCCUCCACCAAGUCGCUCAUACUCGCUGCAUUCCCGUACACAUGCAAGAACCUUUGAUAAGAAGAAAUCUCUGGAAAAUGGGUCUCAGAAAGUUGAAUCCCCUUACAGUACCUAUCCAAGUCAGAAUGGCAACACAGCUGUUCCAUCUAAAGAGAACUUGAUCAGUCAGAGAGCAGUUUUAGCAGAGCUACAGUUACAGAAAGGCCUUCAGAUGCAUGCAGGUAACAAACCCUAUUCCCACACUAAUGGAGGGAGUCACCAGAAUAAGCUCAAGCAGUUCAUACCGUCUAUUAAGGGUCUAACCGCUAAUGGUGUGGUUGCUUCACCAACUGUGAUGACUCUUAUGGCGCUCCUUGAGGUUCCAGAUCCCCCGAAAGUUUUAGCUCCACCUCCACCUCCUCCUGAGGCAUGGGCACACAAUCAGCGCACCUUUGAACUACUGUGUGGACCUGGACCUGUCAACUUUGAGCGCUGGGCCCAAAAGAGAGGGCUGAAGAUUGAAGUCCCAAUCCAGAUGGUUAAAAGGAAAAUACCACCAACAAGCCGAGCUGCAAAUGAAAUGAAGGACAAUACAAAAGCACCUAAAACUCAAGAAGCCGUAUUAACAGACACGACAUAUAGGACUACUCCUACAAAGAUGUAUGUUGAUGUUCAGCCUCCUUAUGGCAGUGCUCUGCCUUUACCCGGGCUUACCCGUGUCCGUCCGUCCCCGACUCCUUCACCACCUCCUGAACAUAUACCCCCCCUGCCCCCAACAGACCAAGUUGUACCUCUAAAAGAAGAUGCGUCCGCUCAGUUCCGAGAACCAGUUGAUGACAUCAUAUGUCCCCCUCCACACCCUUUGUUCCCACCACCUGCACCUCCUACAAAGGUACCCCCUCCACAUCUGUCAGGUGGGCAGGAUGAAACAAACUUUUCAUCUCCACCCAUGCCACCUUCUCUACGGUUUUUAUUAAAAGUUCCUCCAGUGCCACAGGAUGCACAGCCUUCAAUAUUAGCAGCAUCAGCAGAGAAGAUCCCACCUCCUCCUCCAAUGAUCCCACCUUCUCCACCAACGAUCCCACCUCCUCCUCCAAUAAUCCCACCUGCUCCACCAUUGAUCCCACCUGCUCCACCAGCGAUUCCACCACCUCCAACAUCUAGAACUCCACCUCCACCAGCAAUCCCUCCUCCUCCAACACUGAUUCCUCCUGCUCCUGCGGAGAUCCAUACUCAUCCAAAACAGACCACACCAGACGUAUCCUUCAAGCAAGCUCAGAUCACAUCCACACCAUCUAAUGUUCCUCCACCACCGCCAUUACCCACAGAUCUUAAGAAAGAAGUCAAAGAUAUCACAAUUGACAAACAGGAGAAAUGUCCAUCUACGCCCACCACCCACACUAUUGUAACUUCAGAGGAAAGUCCUACACCAAUGGUCACACCUUCUUUAUUACAGACAGUUCGUCUCAGGUCGAUCAGGGCCAAUGUGAGCCAGGCUGAAACUCCUGGAGGACCUCCAAAACCAAAGCAUCAGACCAGUGGUCAAGAGGCACCCCAAAAGCCAAUAAGAAGAUCUCUGAUUUUGAUAACAUCUGAUAUUCCCUCACAUCAGAAGGAUGAUGCUCCACCUACUACCAUUGUACAGGAGAAUCAGGGAACAAGUCCACCAUCAGACAUCCAACCCAAAACUGAACCAAAGGUACUGUCUGGAAGUGCUGAUCAGGUUGUAAAACCUGAACCCCACAGCCAAGUCAGUAUCCCAGACCAAAAAACUCAACAAGCAAACACUGAACCAAUCAAAGAGUCCUUGUCUGCUGAAUCAGUACCCCAAACCCCCAAAUCAGAACCUGAAACAAAGACCACAGUGCAGGAAAUAAAGAAUGCAACCCCUGAACUAUCAAAUAUACUAAUCCCUGAUGAACUGAAAGAUCAUCUCGUUACCAUAAAAGAAGUGCAGGAUGACUCCUGUGAGAAAAAACAAAGUCCAUCACUGGUACAACCAGAGCAAGAUGUUAAACUUUCCAAACCCCAGACAUUAACACUUACGUCUCCUAAACUCAAUCCUGCACAGAAAGUGCCUUCAGCUAGCAUUCCUUCGUCUUCCAUGAGCCUCCAGGACGCCAUUCGUCGGAAAACUGCUGCCUUGUCGUCUACAGAUAACCAAGCUAAGCGCCUGAGUCUGCUGCAUUCCCCCCCACUGUCCACAGGGGCCAUCUCACCCACAUCCACAGCAAACUUUAUCUUCUCCAAAAGCUCGAAAAAGGUGGUGAUAGAAACAUCUCCUUUGUCUCCGGAGUCCAAAUCAGAUCCGAGAAAGACGCUGGUGCAAGAGUUGAAUUCUGUUCCUCGAACAUCCAAACCUGCUGCUGAUCCCCACAACACAAAGGCCAAAGUCCCUCCUCCAGUCGCUAAGAAGCCCGGUGCUAAGAGUGAAAAUAUUACCCAUAAUGCCUCAGAGAGCAACAUGGACACUGUGCAAACUGCUGGUCAGUGAGCGCAGCCAGAGGAAAGAAGCAGGUGAUGGGCGGGGCUAUGAUGGGAUAUGACGACCGGGACCCUGUUACUUUCGAUAUUCAUCCACUGUAAAUAAUUCACAAUCACGACCACGAGGUGGCGCUGUGUAGUGUGCGCUGAAGAGGAAACUGAUGUGACGAAGCCCUCAGAAAGAGAAAUGCCGCUUGAAAAGAAAGAUGUUGGAUGUGGAGAAAAAACAAGUAAAGUUAAUGAAGUGAAAGAGACAGGAGGAACGGAAUGAGGAACACUUCCAGGAGGAAAGUAGCUCGUGAGAGAUGUGUGGAAUAGUGAAACAGGAGAAAAGCUUUGUGUCCUGUUGUUGUUUUUUUGCAGAAGGUGUUGGUCUGUAGGACAUUUAGAGAAUUUAUGAUGAUGUAAAUAAUUUGUCAUGUACAGUUCUAACGUUUUGCCCAGAACAAAUUGAAACAGGUCUAUUGACUGGACCUUCCUUUAAUUUUGUUUGAUUUUAAUAUAUGAGGUUUCUUUGUGCACUACUCUUUCCUGUCUGUGGGGAAUCACGGAUUUAAGACCUUUUUAGAUUUUCUUUCGUUUCUUUUGUCUAACUUAUUGUUUCGAAAGAGAAAUGCGUUCUUCACUCAGCCACUCGGCUUCUUUCAGGUCCGGUCUUCUUGAACUGCUUUUCUUUUGCUUGUUGUGUUUGUUGUAAUGAUUUAAUUUCAGAAAGUAUCCGAGAAAUAUUUACAUGGAGCAGUACAGCAUGUGUUAAAUAAUAGAAUUAAAAUCAGGCAUUUUUACGUAGCCUGCAGUUGCUUCUGCUUAGAGAGCAGGAUGGUCAUUUUUCAUUUAUUAUUUUUUAAAAUGCACCUUAUAAUCACCUCUGACCUGCAGACUGGACUAUAACCAGGUCUUUCUUCACGCUGUUAAACCAUUAAACACAGUCUGAAGCAGGAAGCUGUCAUUCUGUCCAUCAACCACACACACACACACACACACACAGCUGCUGCUGAGUUCUGGACUCAGACUGGUCAGGAGGUGGUGAUUAAUUUUCUCUAACAGCGGCUCUGACCAUAGCGCAGGUUUAUAUUUAUGCACUGGCUCUGAGACCUUAUGGUUUCCAAUCACAUGGCUCAAUCACAUGGACGUGUACAGAACACACACUGAUAAAAUGAUAAGAUUGAUAUGAUAUAAACUUCACUAAAGAAAAGAUAAAACACAUGAUUUAAAUCUGUUUAUGUGGAGUUUAGGCCACACACACACACAUACACACACUACAGUAAAGCGUCCAGAUUAAAUCUUUUGAUAAAGAGCUCUGCAGCUUCCUACCUUGCAGCUCUGACCCCGGCUCUCUGUCUGUGGUCAGAUCUGUACUCUAGAGCAAAUCACAACACAUUAUACCUCUGAAUUCAUCCUGACUGCUGGACUAAUCCCUGAAAUAUUUAUCCCCAUGGUUAAUUCAUUAAUUAAUGUGAGAUGUAAAGCCAGGUUACAGACCGUGCAGCAGACACACCAUCAUCUGCUGCUACACACAUUCACACACACACACGCACGUUUCUAUCAGGAAGUGUGUGUGUGUGUGUGUGUGUGUGUGUUACAGUUUCUCAGUCGCUGGAACACAUUUGUCCACACAUUUUCUAAACAGUUAACACACACACACACACACAGGCUGAAACUGAAGCUCACUGACCAAAAGGAAUCGUUUUGUUAGCACAAUGUUCUAAACACUCACAAAACUUUAAACAUGUGCAGCAAAAGCAAAUAUUUCCACCAGACACUACAACUUGUGGUCAGAAUAACAUGUAUAUUCAAUCAUUACACACUGGACAACAAAAUACACACACACACACACA